GAGGGACAAAGGGCAUCAAGGGGGGACAAGCAGGAUAAAUAUUCUGCCGUGUUCAUUUUCUCCAUCACUUUGUGUCCGUCUGCAUCCACAGUAUCAUCACAGAACGGGAGAAACUCGAAUAGCCAAGAUGCCUGAGAAAGCACCAGAGAUGAAAUCUAAAAUCUCAGCCUCUCGCAAGCUCAUGCUGAAGAGCCUGAUGGUGGCCAGGGCCAUGGAGGAGCUGGAGCAGGAGUUUGAAGAAAAAGAGGAAGAGAAAUCAAAGUACCUGGAAGAGAAAGCUCCUCCAUUACAGACCAGCAGCAUGUCCUUAGCAGAGCUGAGGACAUUUUGCGAAGAGCUGCACGCUCAAAUAGAUGUGGUGGACGAGGAGCGGUACGAUAUUGAAGCCAAAGUCUUGCACAACUCCAGAGAGAUCAAAGACCUAAACAUCAAGGUGCUGGACCUGCGAGGGAAGUUUAAGAGACCCAGCCUCAGGAGGGUGAGGGUUUCUGCCGACGCCAUCCUGCGCUCCCUGCUGGGCUCAAAGCACAAGGUCUCUUUGGAUCUGCGAGCCAACCUCAAAUCGGUCAAGAAGGAGGACACGGAGAAGGAGAAGACUGUAGAGGUGAGCGACUGGAGGAAGAACGUGGAGGCCAUGUCGGGCAUGGAGGGCCGCAAGAAGAUGUUCGAUGCAGCAAAGGGCCCCAACCAGUAAAAAAUAAAAAUCAAAGAGCUGCCUCUUCAUCUCAUGUCAAAUACAAAUCGCUUGCAAUAGAC